AAAAGCCAAUUAUACCCAUACAAAUUGAUAUAAUCGACGUAAUAUCUCCAAAAACUUCCAUUCCACAAGCAACCAAAAUGACAGAACAUGGAAAAGUCAUAGCUGCUUAUUUUGCUGCUUGGUCAAUAUAUGCACGAAAAUUUUUUGUACAAGACAUAGACUAUGAUAAACUUACUCAUAUACUGUAUGCAUUUGCAAAUAUUAAAAACGAUGGUGAAGUAUUUUUGGGUGAUCCAUGGUCUGACACUGAUAUUCAUUUUGAUGGUGAUUCAUGGAAUGACAAUUCCACUAAUUUCUCGGCUGCUACUUCUUCUAAUAAAUCUAGAGAAAAUUUGGUUGAUUCUGUGGUCAAAUUAAUGAAUGAUUUGGGUUUAGAUGGAUUAGAUAAUCUUAGAGAAGCAUUAGACCAAUACACUAAAUCAAAACAUGAAACUCAACAUUAUCUCUUAACAACUGCUGUACCAUGUGGAGAAGACAAUUACAAA